CGGCGACGGAUACGAGUGGACAGGUACGAGAGGACCAUCGCACCGGGAAGAAGAAAGGGACGUGUAAUAGCAGAUUCUAUUCAAGAUGACGAGCGUAGUGACAAAUCUGGUGCAUAGUUAUAGGGACCUUAUGGACAAUCAGUCCGAUUCCAGGGUGAAUGAUUGGGUAAUGAUGAGCAGCCCUUUCCCGACCCUGGCGAUAUGUCUGUCGUACGCUUAUUUUAGCAAGGUUCUGGGACCGAAACUGAUGGAAAAUAGAAAGCCUUUUGAUCUUCGGGGAGUCCUCAUUAUGUAUAAUUUCCUACAGACUCUCUUCUCCAUGUGGAUAUUUUACGAGUAUCUUAUGAGUGGUUGGGCGAAAGGUUACAGUAUCAAUUGCCAACCGGUGGAUUAUUCGUCCAGCCCGAUGGGCCUCAGAAUGGCAAGAACCUGCUGGUGGUACUAUUUUAGCAAAUUUACUGAGUUCUUUGAUACGCUGUUCUUUAUUCUAAGGAAAAAGAACCAACAUGUUUCAACGCUUCAUGUAAUUCAUCACGGAGUAAUGCCCUUUUCUGUAUGGAUGGGAGUGAAAUUUGCACCGGGCGGCCACAGCACGUUUUUUGCCCUUCUAAACACCUUCGUACACAUUGUGAUGUAUUUCUAUUACAUGGUAGCCGCGAUGGGACCGCAAUUCCAGAAGUACAUCUGGUGGAAAAAGUACCUCACUACUAUGCAAAUGAUACAAUUUGUGAUGAUCAUGUUCCAUCAAUUCCAAUUGUUCUUCAUCGAGUGCAACUAUCCGCGAGGUUUCAUGAUCUGGAUCGGCUUGCACGGUAUCCUAUUCUUCGGGUUGUUCUCGGAUUUCUACAAGACGAAAUAUACGUACGACUCAAGGAAAAACUCCGUGAAGAAGAUGCAAAACGGUAUUUCCGGUGGAGCUUGCAUGCCGGUUUUGGACGAUAACGAUAGCGCGACGCACAACGGUGUGUCCUCGUACACUACAAUCUACAACAAGGAGUACAACAGCUGUUACAGCAACGGCACAAACAACGGUUACGUUGCCAAUAAUAACGUCACGGAGAAAAAACUCGCUUAGGACACGUGGGAAGCUCGAACAUUUUUUUUAUGUGCUGGUCAGCUGCUCGUCUUAUUAUACCUACAAUUACCAUUCUAUCGUGAAAGAUCACUUUGCAGCAUGUCUAUAAUCUUAGACAUGAGAAUAAAAAGCCAAAUUACACGCACGUGGUAUGGAAGACAACGAGACAAGAUCUCAGACGGAAGAACUGGCACGUAUUAUAAAGCGAGACAUCUCGUUAUUCUGCGUUGUUAGCAGAGCAGUAGUUGUGUUCACUAACAUAGUAUCAUCGACGACAGGGCUGUUACUAUCGACGUUAAAACUAAUAGGAAGAGAAAGAAGAAAAAAUAAAUGCGAUACAACUAAUCGCCGAGGAAAAAAAUUAUUGUGAAUCUUCAUUUUCGGGUCUCUGUGAGAUAUGGCGUGGUCUUUAAAUUAAUAAUUUAUCUGCCAUACGAAAAUAGAAUAUUAUUAAUAUUAUUGGAAAUCGUUAAGAGUACAGAUAAGAAUAUUAGAAGGAAAAAAAACUAAAAAACUACUUUUGCGAUUUCCGUGUUUGGCGUUAUAUGGAAACUGCGGUUUAUAAAAUCUUUAAAUUACGACUAGUUUGACAAAGCUAAUUAGAAAUGAGAUCACAUUCGACGAAAUGUGAAAAUAAGCUGUAAGCUGGGUAACGUUAAUACGCACACAACAUGACGAAGAAUUAUAGAGUAUUCAUCGUUGAUAACUAUACUGGAAAGAACGACAUUCGCUGUGCGUGCAAUUUUUUUUGUACUGGUUGUGUACGUAUUGAAUACGAAUGUGGAUGUUUCUUAGUCGUACGUAACUUUUCAAAGCAUCUCUUGUUGAGACACAUUGCUGGAACUAAACUCCCCUCCCCCCUCCCUCAUACCAUCAUUAUCGACUCUGCCGAUCCGGUUGUUUCAUCUUCGGAUAAACUAUGUGAUAAUUUAAGAAAUAAAAAAGAACGAAAGAACGACUAAGAUGAGAUUUAUCAAAAGAUUAAACAACCCAAUCUCUGUCUCUUUCUAGCCCCGACUGUGUUCAAAACUCCGGUGUUCUUACAAAUUAACGUACAAAUCAAUUCGCCCAAAAUAUCGUAUAACAAAGUUGGCUGUAUAA